AAAUUCCAGGCGAUUGCUUUGCCAUUGAACGUGCAGCAGUAUUGUACAACAUCUGUUGGAUUUCUGUGAAGAACUACCAUUCAGAGCAUACUAGGGCUGGCUGUUGUGAUUUGUCUCGUAUUCCAGUUUCUAGAGUGGUCUCCUGGUUGUUGCAGGCAUUUAUACUCUGCCGUGAGCUCCCGUCACUUUUUCAGAAGGUUUCUAGAUUACUUGCUACCAUAUUUUUGCUUUCCACCUCUUCUGGGUUCUGUUCUUUGCCUGUUUGUAUUGGCGACACCCUCUCUGUGAGUCAUUGGGCUGCAUAUUUUCAUCAAGCUUCACUUGGUACACAUCUCAACCAUCAGUUCUUUUCAAGUAAGAGUGGAAAAUCCAAAGCUCAAGACUCCACACAUUUUGAGAGUCCACAUGCUUCUGCUUCAGAUUCCACAUUUCCCGAAAACUACUUCAGGCAUGCACCAGAAAAAGUUGAGUAUCUCGAAGAAUAUGUGACGGACUUCUUCCAAUGCCUUCCUAGCACUACAAUCAUCUGUAUAAGCUUGCUUGGAGGUGGUUAUGCUAGUCUGCUGAGGGAAAUGCUGCAUUUUCCUUCCACUUUUCCAGCAUGGAUGCUACUGUCACGCUUAAAUUCAAAUUGCCAGCCUAUUGUCAUGCUUCUACCUGUGAAUUUGGUUUCUGAAGCAACUCUGGAUGAUGAUGCACUUUCUAACAUUCGGUCCAUGCCUGAGUGCAAUAACUCAAGUAAAACAUGGCACUGUCCGUGGGACUACACUGUGGUGGAUGAUGUAGCCCCUGCGUUCAAAGUGAUACUGGAGGGGAAUUACCUGUCAACCAUUUCUCCUCCCAAAGAUACGCAAGAAAACAGGUUGCUCUGGUGGACACGUAGAAGGAAGCUUGAUUCUUGCCUUGGUCAAUUCUUGAGGGAUAUAGAAGAUAUGUGGCUAGGCCCCUGGAAAUGCUUGCUUUUGGGGGAACGCGUAGACUGCAAACACUUGGAUUCAGUGCUUAAUAAGCUAAUGGAUGAUCUGAAACAUAAAUGUGAAUUUGAUUUACAUGAGAAUCUUCUAAGAGUUAUUCUUGGGGGUGCUGGGUGUGUCUCUGAAACAGAAGCAUGUGUUUCUCAGUUACUCCUAUACAAUGGCUACUUUGGUAGGGGUGGAUGUUGUGGAGAGGAAGUACCUGGUUCCUUGUCUGUUACCACUGCUGAAUUUAAAAAUAUGCCUGGGUUAACUCGCCAGCUAAUACUUGAGGCAGCAAUCGAGGUUGAGGAAGAAUGUAGCGGUAGAGAACCAAUAAUUUUGGUGCUAGAUUCUGAGGUGCAGAUGCUUCCAUGGGAGAGUAUGCCAAUAUUAAGACAACAAGAAGUUUAUCGCAUGCCUUCUGUGGCUGGCAUCUAUGCAAUACUCAAAACAAGUGACCACCGUGAAGAGCAAGUUCAGAAGGUUGCAAGUCCUUUUCCAUUGAUAGAUCCUCUGGAUGCAUUCUAUUUGCUGAACCCAAGUGGUGAUCUCAUCCACACACAGGCUGAUUUUGAGGGCUGGUUUAGAAAUCAGAAGUUUGAGGGAAAAGUUGGAAUGCCUCCCACAACUGAAGAGUUGGCCAUGGCUUUAAAAUGCCAUGACCUUUUUAUAUACUUUGGACAUGGAAGCGGGACACAGUAUAUACCUGGCAAUGAAAUUCAGAAACUCGAUAACUGUGCAGCUACUCUUCUAAUGGGGUGCAGUAGUGGAUCUAUAUCUCUCAUGGGAUGUUAUGCUCCAGAAGGUGCUCCUAUCUGGUAUUUGUUAGCUGGUUCUCCUGUUAUAGUUGCCAAUCUGUGGGAAGUCACAGACAAGGAUAUUGACAGAUUUGGGAAGGCAAUGCUUGAUGCUUGGUUGCAGGAAAGGUCUACUUCCAUUGGUUGUUCCCACUGCAAUCUACUGGUGAAAGAAUUUGGAUCCAUGGACAUAAGCAAAAGUAGGAGUAAAGCAAAGAAGGUUUCAAGGAAGAAUUUAGAGGAGGCCUCCAGUAGUAAAACAUGCAAAAACUGUUCUGGUCCUAGACCAAAGAUUGGAUCUUUCAUGAGCCAGGCUCGAGAGGCUUGCACACUGCCUUUCUUGAUUGGGGCCUCUCCAAAACUCCCUAAAACUGUUCAUUCAUGCAUGAGAAAUCUUCCUGAACUCUACAAUCCCAUCUUUCCUGCAAAUCUAGUCAGUCCUGGUAACAUGUAUGUAUUGCCUGAUGCAAGAUGCAUUCCUGGACAUUUUGUUGGUAAAGAUGGACUCAUUCUUCGCAAUGAAAGUUUACAGCUGGGACGUUUUGAGUUAUCUGAACAUGCUCUUUUCCCUGGAGAUACAGUGAUGCUUUUCUUUUGGGGCUCAGAAUUUAUUUAG